CGCUCCUGUGGCGCGGAGGCCUGCUGCCCGGGGCUGCGGGAGUAGGCCGCGCUAGGCCGGCGGACCCGGACCCGGAAGAGAGGGGCGCGCGGGUUGCGGGCGGGAGGCGUGUCGGAGCGCGGCUCGCGAUGUGCGAGGUUGUGCACUGCGCGGGGAGACCAGAGCUCCAAGGGGAAGCUGAGCAGGAGAGAUGCAGGCUCCGCAGUAUGUGUAGAGGCGUGGGGGCUGCUUGGUUUGCUAGGCAUAUGGGGUGAAGAGCUUUAGAGGCCGAUCUGCCAGGGAAGGGGUGAUAGUAGGGCAUGGGGAAGGUAAAGGCCUAUGUGAACAGGACAAGGAAGUAAGGAAGCCCAAGGAUUCUAAGAAUGGUCCUCAGUUGGAUGUGUGUCUGCUGAAUGUGGUGUGCUUGCGGUUGUUCAUGGGUCUGGGGCACGUUUAGGUUGUGGGUGAGUUGGUGCUGAGGAGGUGCUGGUGCCAGACAGUGUGUGUGUCCUCCGAGAUGAGUGUGUGUGUGUGUGUGUGUGUGUGUGUGUCUGUCUGUCUGUCUGUCUGUCCUCCCUUUGCGUCAUCCCCCAAACGCUGUGGGAAAAAGUAAAGGAAAGUAGGGAUGAGUAAGAGCAAGGAGGACACUCUGUGACUAUGCUGAGGUUUGGCUUGCCAGAUACCCGGUUGUCCAGGUGUCCAUUUUUUGUCUGGUUGAUGCCUUACUUACCCACCUCCCAAACCAAACCAAAACAACCCACCAAAACCCAGAGCUGCACAUUUUUAGUUGGCCAUGAAGACAAUAGAGAGAAAAGAAAUCCACCAGCCUUGGGUUUUUCUCAGCUCAUCUCCAGGAUAACUUCUAAAGGGUUCUCGUUAUGUGUGCACUCCUCCCUUUCACUCACAUGUUCCCUUUACUCACAGACUGUUGGGGAACAUGGAGUCUAACUUCACCUGAGAGACCAGUACUAGCUGGUUUCAGUUUUAGUACUUCACUUCAGCGAUGAAAAAGUGUAUGAAGCACAGGGAUUUUGGUUUGAUUUUUCAGCAGGUUUUGACUUGUCCUACAUCUUUCAGAGAAACAAAGUGGGUUAUAUUGGCUGUUAAGACUUUAUGUGAUGGGGGAUUGUAAUGGAUAUGAAAUGAUAGUCCUGACCUUUCAAGAAUUUAAUCAAUGGAUAGUUGAUAAAAUGCUAGUCAUGUUAUUACUUCCACAUUCAAUCUAAAUCAUAAGUUUGGAAGUUAUGCUUGAGUAUAAUAAAUACAUACACACAUACCCAAGGCUGUUUGUUUUGACAGUGUCAAAGGGAAUUUUAAAUAUUAUAUCAGACUUACGUAUUACCUUUAUGGAGUCGCUUUAUAGGUGGUGGUUAUAGAUUUGAGGCCAGAUUUGGUGCUAUGGGCAUUGGACUCUUAAUGAAUUUUCAUAGCAGCUUUAUGUAUGGUAUUUCUGUGUGUGCCUUAAAUGCUAGGUAUCUUCUGUGGGAGUCCAGGGAUUAUGGAAAUUGGACUGUUUCAGCCUUAGUAAUUUGUGGGAAUGUUCAUGUACUUCCAGGGACAGGUGGCCAGGGAUGCGGGUCCUUUUUCCUGUAGUGAUAUCCUAGCUAAGAGCAUGGUAGACAUAAUGGCCUGGUGUGCUGCUUCAGACAUCCAAGGUCCUUACUUCAUGGAGACAGAGCUCCCAGAAAGUGACUGAGAUUAAGGAGAGGUGUGGGGAGGUCUAUGAGCAGCAGGAGACCACAGUCAUAGAGGCUGUGACCUUAAGAAACAGGCUGGUCCUGCUGAGGCUGAGAUUAUAUCCUACCUAAGAAGUCAUUAGUUGCAGAAAUGUCAUAAUUGUGACCCACCUUUUAUUUGUACUUGCCUCUUCCUUCUAGCCAUUAGUAAUCUAGCCAUCAGCAUUGUUAGCAGGUAAAGUGUGCAUUGUGUGAGAAUGACCAUGGGAUGGAUUUCAUGGAAGCCCUGUAGAGGGUGACCAGGGAGAGCCACUCCCUUAUUUUUGCUUGUAGAUGUACAUUGUGCUGUUUUUGUUUUGUGACAGGGCCUCUUGUAGCUCAGACUAGUCUCUGACUCUUACGUAGCCAAGAAUAACUUUGAAUUCCUGAUCUCCUGCCUCUCCCUUGGGUCAAAGGUGUGCACUACCACUCUCAGUUUUAUGCACUAUUGGGGAUCUGGGGAUGGAACCCAGGCCUUAAUCUUGCUCUACCAUCUGAGCUGUAUCCCCAGCCCAUGACUUUGAAUUCUUGAUCAAGGUCUUGAACUCUUCCUCACCUUCAAGUGCUGGGAUUACAAAUCUGUGCCAGUACACUGGCUUUAUUUAUUUAUUGAGACAGGUUCUCAUUUUGUAACCUAGGCUAGCUUUGACACCGGAUGAUCCUUCUGCCUCAGCUUCCUGAGGGCUGGGAUUACAGGCAUGAACCACCAUGUCUGGUUUUUGUUUUAAGGAUUUAUUUUGUACCCUGUGGUUUGUUUAGUGUUCCAGACAUCCGACUCUGUCAUAUUCCUCCAGCUCUCUUUUAGUGGGUCCAUUUGGGACAAGGCAGGCUGUGUUGCUAUCUCCUUUGAAUAGGUUGAGAGGCAUUGCUAGAGCUCAGGGACUCUCUAGGUUCCCAUGGGAUGUAACAGAAAGGACCAAAGAUCAUAGCAGAGGUUCCUAUCCAAAUAUGAACUGGUUUGGUUCCUUUUGCACAUCAUACACAACAACAAAAACUAUAGUUCCUUAAUCUCUAAGAGUGUAAGUGGUAUGGUUUUCAUCUGGUGGAGCUAAACCAUAUUUCCUGUAAGCUUCUUUAGCUAAAAAGCUAAAGUAUUUGUAAUUCACUUUUUUCUGUACCUUUUCUGCCUAAGUUCCUAGUCACCAUUUUGCUAUCAGUAAGGGAAUCUCCUUCUAAGAGAGAAAUUAGCAGCCAAGCACAACUUUCUGGAUCUCUGAGGUUGUCUGUGUUGAUGAUGCACAGAUACCUCUGCAUGUGGACUGUGUCCGUCCAUCACUGGUCCAUGGUGUGGAAAGUGGCCUAUCAGUUGAUCUCUUAGCUGUUGAGAGCUGGAAGGGCAUCUUGCUAUGUGGUUGCUCAUGUUAUGAGGCAUGUCAAGUAUGAGAAGUGAUAGAACAGACAGGUAAUACAAAUACUGUUACACUUGAAUAUGCUCCACCACCUGAGGCUCUGUAGUAUAUGCCUCUUUGUUUCUGAGUCUCACUAGGGCAAGUUGAGAUAAUUGUCUUCAUGUGUGAGGGACCAGCUCACUGAUGCUGGCAAAUGGGAACAGAGACACCUUUCCUUCUUCCAGCUUUCCUGUCCAUCGGACAGUCAUUUCUUUAGCCAGGAUGGGUGAUCUUCAGGCCUGACCACUGAAGACAUCCCUUGAAGGAGAGAUGCCCUCCAUGAUCCAGGCUUUUGCUUAGUGACAGAUUGAUUCCCUUGGGAGCUCUAAGUACUGAGGUAUUAGGGUGCAGCGCUCAUUGUUCACUGACGCAGAGUCCCAAAAUGAAUGUCCAGGAGCAGGGUUUCCCCUUGGACCUCGGAACAAGUUUCACGGAAGAUGCCCCCCGGCCCCCAGUGCCUGGAGAAGAGGGAGAACUGGUCUCUACGGAUUCAAGGCCUGUCAACCAUAAUUACUGCUCCGGGAAAGGUGCCGGCUCUAAAAGUGAGACCUCGACAGCCACCCCACGACGCUCAGAUCUGGAUCUGGGCUACGAGCCCGAGGGCAGUGCCUCCCCCACCCCACCAUACCUGAGGUGGGCUGAGUCACUGCAUUCCUUACUGGAUGACCAGGAUGGGAUCAGCCUGUUCAGGACCUUCCUGAAGCAGGAGGGCUGUGCUGACCUGCUGGACUUCUGGUUUGCCUGCAGUGGCUUCAGGAAGCUUGAGCCCUGUGACUCAAAUGAGGAGAAGAGGCUGAAGCUGGCAAGAGCCAUCUACCGAAAGUACAUCCUGGAUAGCAAUGGUAUUGUGUCCAGACAAACCAAGCCAGCCACUAAGAGCUUCAUAAAGGACUGUGUCAUGAAGCAGCAGAUCGAUCCUGCCAUGUUUGACCAGGCACAGACAGAAAUCCAGUCCACCAUGGAAGAGAAUACCUACCCUUCCUUCCUUAAGUCUGACAUUUAUUUGGAAUACACAAGGACAGGCUCAGAGAGUCCGAAGGUUUGCAGUGACCAGAGCUCAGGGUCUGGGACGGGGAAGGGCAUGUCUGGAUAUCUGCCCACUUUGAAUGAAGAUGAAGAAUGGAAAUGUGACCAAGAUGCAGAUGAGGAUGAUGGCCGAGACUCUGUCCCCCCCAGCAGGCUCACCCAGAAGCUGCUAUUGGAGACUGCUGCCCCGAGGGCCCCCUCAAGUAGACGGUACAGCGAAGGCAGAGAGCUCAGGUAUGGAUCUUGGAGGGAGCCCGUCAACCCUUACUAUGUCAACUCUGGCUAUGCCCUGGCCCCAGCCACCAGCGCCAAUGACAGUGAACAGCAGAGCCUGUCCAGUGAUGCUGACACCCUAUCCCUUACGGACAGUAGUGUGGAUGGAAUCCCCCCAUACAGGAUCCGUAAGCAACACCGAAGGGAGAUGCAGGAGAGUGUCCAAGUCAAUGGGCGAGUGCCUCUACCUCACAUUCCUCGCACUUACCGAAUGCCAAAGGAGAUCCGGGUAGAACCACAGAAAUUUGCUGAAGAGCUUAUUCACCGUCUAGAGGCUGUCCAGCGCACUCGAGAGGCUGAAGAGAAGCUGGAGGAACGGCUGAAGCGUGUACGGAUGGAAGAAGAAGGGGAGGAUGGUGAACUGCCUUCUGGCCCCGUGGCAAGUCACAAGCUGCCUUCUGGCCCAGCCUGGCACCAUUUCCCACCCCGCUAUGUGGAUAUGGGGUGCUCAGGACUGCGGGAUGCUCAUGAGGAGAAUCCUGAGAGCAUCCUGGAUGAGCAUGUGCAAAGGGUCAUGAGGACACCUGGCUGCCAGUCACCUGGACCAGGCCACCGCUCUCCCGACAGUGGGCAUGUAGCCAAGACUGCAGUACUAGGGGGUGUAGCCUCUGGGCAUGGGAAGCAUGUUCCUAAGUUGGGGUUGAAGCUGGAUACAGCUGGCCUGCACCACCAUAGGCACGUCCACCACCAUGUUCACCAUAAUUCAGCUAGACCCAAGGAGCAAAUGGAGGCUGAAGCUGCCCGCAGGAUCCAGAGCAGCUUCUCUUGGGGCCCAGAAACACAUGGUCAUGCCAAGCCCCGCAGCUAUUCAGAGAGCACAGGCACCACCCCCAGUGCUGGGGACUUGGCCUUUGGUGGUAAAGCUAGUGCACCCUCCAAAAGAAACACCAAGAAGACUGAAUCUGGGAAGAAUGCCAGUGCUGAGGUACCCAAUACCACAGAGGAUGCAGAGAAGAACCAGAAGAUCAUGCAGUGGAUCAUUGAGGGUGAGAAAGAAAUCAGCAGACACCGGAAGACAGGCCAUGGGUCUUCUGGGAUGAGGAAACAGCAGGCCCAUGAGAGUUCCAGGCCCUUGUCCAUUGAGCGCCCUGGAGCUGUGCAUCCCUGGGUCAGUGCUCAGCUCCGGAACUCUGUCCAGCCUUCUCAUCUUUUCAUCCAAGAUCCUACCAUGCCACCCAAUCCAGCCCCUAACCCCCUGACCCAGCUGGAAGAAGCCCGCAGGCGUUUAGAGGAAGAGGAGAAGAGAGCCAACAAGUUGCCCUCCAAGCAGAGGUAUGUGCAGGCAGUCAUGCAGCGGGGACGCACCUGUGUCAGGCCAGCAUGUGCACCGGUGCUGAAUGUGGUACCAGCCGUGUCGGACUUGGAACUCUCCGAGACAGAGACAAAAUCACAGAGAAAAGCAGGUGGCGGGAGUGCACCACCAUGUGACAGCAUCGUUGUGGCCUACUACUUCUGUGGGGAACCCAUCCCCUACCGGACCCUGGUGAGGGGCCGUGCUGUCACCCUGGGCCAGUUCAAGGAGCUGCUAACCAAGAAGGGGAGCUACAGAUACUACUUUAAGAAAGUGAGUGACGAGUUUGACUGUGGUGUGGUAUUUGAAGAAGUGCGGGAGGACGAGGCAGUCUUGCCUGUCUUUGAAGAGAAGAUCAUUGGCAAGGUGGAAAAGGUGGACUGAGCACUGGGCAACACACCCAGAGUGCACCAUCACUAAGGUGCACAGUCAUCAAUCAGCCUUGUCCUCAGGAGCCUGACGUGGGGAAAAGCACAGGAUUGUGUCACAAGCUCUUGUGGGGGGGAGGGCUCAGGUGUCUGCCAUACCUCUCUGUUCCUCUGUGUCUGGGAAAGGAGGAGGGGUUCCUACUGAGUGGUUCCAUGGGUUUCUCUGUUUUGCUUUUCGAAAGGAAAGCCCCACCUACCCCCACAUUACCCCCUGAAGCAAUACCAGGAGCCAUCUCAUGACCCUCAACAGCUCUUGCUUUUGAAUGCAGACCGACCCAGGGAUACCUUUACCUGGGCUUAUAUCCCAGUGUCCUCUUCUCCCUCUGGGACCUAAUCUACUGCACCUGGUUGGGCUCAGGCCCAGGAGCAGGGGAUCCUGUGGGGGCCUCUGUAUAUUGUACAUGUCACACCGAGUGCCUUCAACAUAGCUGUCUCUUGCCUGCCACUGUGUGAAUCUGGCGGCUGAGUACCUCAGGCCCCUUUGUCUGUCUCCAGCCACCAGCUUGGUUCAGCAGGGUGGUGGGGGGUCUGGUCCCUUCUAAGUGUCCAUGUAAAUAUGUAUAUUUCUCAGGCCAGGGCCAGCAGGGGGUACCCUGAGCCCAUUUUUCAUGCGAUGACUUGUACAAUUAUCUUUUCAAAGGUACUUGGAUAAUAAUGAAAUAAAACAGUUUUGGA